AACUGUCAGAGCCAACUAUUUUGAGUCAAGUAUUUCAACAAGAAUUUACAUAUUUAAAAUUUGCAGUGAUAGGUUUCUACUUAUCCUAGCGUUGGUAAGUUGGAAAUUUUUGGUUAAAUGGAUCUGGAACGUGAACUGCCCUUCAGCGAUGUCUCAAUGGAAAUUGAUGUGCCCGAACCGUGGAGUGAUGUGAGAUCGUCAGACAGCCUGCUUACCCUGAAGCAGAGUGGGAGCCAAGUGACGAUAAGACCAUCCGGGUAUGAGUUAGCUGAUUUAUCCGAUCUUAGCUCGGACGACAUUCACCUGAGUCUUCUAGUAGAGAAAGGUUUAAUUGAUAUUGGCUCAUUGGACAAACCCUCGGCCACAGACCUUACAAAGGACAAUCCGAGGCUUUUGUCCAGGUCGGCGGAUCGUGGUGGAAUUGCUGAAAUAGUCAAGGAAAUGCGAAACGAAUUCAUGAACAAGCUGACCUCUAAGGCUAAGAGCUUCAAGGAAAUCCUGAUAAAGAGAGGCUUGAUGGAACCAAACGACGAAAAUCCUAUUCUGCAGAAUCACGACUCUGAGAAUAAAGAAAAGACCGAAGAUGAAUCUCAGAUUUCACGGCGUAAGAAUAACGCGGGCAAAUCUAAGAGGACAUCUUUAGGGGAAGGCGACGUCAAUCGAAAUGGUGAAAUCGCCCAGCUUAUCAAUGAAAUCAAUCAGUUUACUUCUGGCAUGGACAAAGAUCCGAACACUGCGGACUGGUCUCUUUUCCGGGAAAGCCUGCUUAAAAUACAUAAGUACUAUGUUAGCGUCAAUGAGCCGGAAGAAAAAGACCAGGAACGACCAAUUAGCAAUAUCGGCGCUGUCAAAGUUUCAGAAUCAGCAUACACCAACAAGCCGUUGGAAGACCUCAGCAGUCGGGCCAAGUAUCUCCGUAAAAAUAUCCGAGGUCUCGAAUGCAAGAUGCUAACCCUCGACCACUCCGUUGAUGACUUUAGCGACAAGUUAAACCGCAGCUUGAAAACCAACGAGCAAGUGGAGCGGGAACUGGUGGCGAUUGCACUGGUGCGCGAUAAAAUCGGACGACGCCUUAGCCAGAUGGAAGUGGAAUUUCGCAGGGCCAAGGAGCACUUAUUUCAACGGGGCAGGAACCCAAAACUCCAAAGCAAUUAUUAAUCUUCUUCAAGCCAUAACCCUGGUUUUGGAUCAGAAUAGGAGUAAACCAGUAAAUCGGGUUAAAAACAUUUCAAAGUAACACUAAUAGUUAUUAUUUAACUACUGAAUUUUGCCGCCCCAAUGAGCAUUUGGUAUUGAUUAGUUUUGAUUAUUCAUACUUGAAUAAUAAAAUAUGAAAAAUGUUAAAUGCCGACAACUUUUUAACGAAAUAAUAAUAAAGUAGUGCACAUAAAUUUA